AUGAGUUGCCUUGGCUGGAACUGCAGGGGAUUGGCCAAUCCUCGUGCUAUCAGGUUCCUUCGAGAUUUGGCUAGAAGGCUGAAUCCUUCAUUUAUUUUUCUUUGUGAAACUAUGAUUAAUGAAGAUCGCAUUAUUGCUCAUAGAGAUGCCAUGGGGUUUGAAGAAUCUUUUGUGGUUGACAGUGAAAGAAAGAAAGGAGGUCUGGAGUUCCUUUGGAGGGCAAAUUAUGAUGUUUCUGUUCUUGGGUCUAGUAAAAACUUUGUGGAUUUGCGGGUUAAGGAAGUGGAGGGACGUUGUUGGCGGCUGACUGGUUUUUAUGGGUGUCCGGAGCACAGUCGUAGACGAGAUUCGUGGGCUAUGCUUACUGAUUUGAGCUUGGUCUGUGAUAUCCCUUGGUGUGCCAUUGACAAUUUUAACGAUAUUCUCGAUUUUGAUGAGAAGAGAGGAGGGAUAAGGCAGGAAGGAUGGUUGGUGAAUGGGUUUCGUGAAACUGUUGCUAACUGUGGGUUGUCGGAUAUAGGAGCUUCAGGCUACAAAUUCACGUGGUCUCGUGGUCGUGGAGGAAGCAACCUUGUUGAAGAAUGUUUAGAUCGGGUUUUAUGUUCAAGUGACUGGAUGGAGAUCUUUCCGGAGGCGGGAGUUAGUAAUUUGGAGGCUACCAUAUCACAUCAUUUGCCCAUUCUUCUUAGUUUUAAACAGAAUUUGAGCAUGACAAAAAAUGUGAAGAGAACAAACUGUAUUGACAAACUGAGAGAUGAAGAAGGCUGCUGGAAGUAUUCUAAACAGAAGGUGGAGGGUAUUAUCUCAAGGUAUUAUUCGAACUUAUUCUCUGAGUCGAAUUCCGAUGUGAUUAAUUUUGGUGAUGUUAUUCAACGUGUUUCGCAUCUUGAUAAUGUUUGUUUGAUAAAUCCUAUUACGGAAAGUGAGGUUGGAAAAGCCGUCUUUAGCAUGCAUAAUGAUAAAUCACCCGGUCUAUAUGGUUUUAACCCGACGUUUUAUAAAAAGUAUUGGGCUAUUGUGGGUAAAGAUGUGGUUACUAUGUGCCGUGAUUUCUUUGAGAAGGGGGUUCUCAGAGAUGGUCUAAAUGACACUAAUCUUGUUCUCAUUCCUAAGAUUAGUAAUCCGGAGAGAGUCUCUGACCUUAGACCUAUUGCUUUGUGCAAUGUCGCGUAUAAAAUUAUUUUUAUGGCGAAUAGAAUGAAGUGUUUACUAACUAGUAUUAUUUCCGAGAAUCAGAGUGCAUUUGUUGAGAAUAGACUGACUACAGAUAAUUUCCUUAUCGCCUAUGAGAUUGGCCAUUAUUUGAGGUGUAAGAGGAGAGGUAAAGUUGGCAUGGCGGCGCUUAAGAUCGAUAUGAGUAAAGCAUACGAUAGAGUUCGUUGGGAUUUUAUUGAUUUUAUGCUUAGAAAUUUGGGCUUUUGUGAUAAAUGGAUUAAUUUGAUAAUGUAUUGUGUUAGGUCGGUUAAAUACACUAACAUUGGCAAUUGUGAGAAUUUGGCGCCCAUUAUUCCUAGUCGGGGUUUGAGACAAGAUGACCUGCUCUCUCCUUAUCUUUUUAUCAUUUGUGCGGAAGGUCUUAGCCUUUUAUUAGCUCGGGAGGAAAUGGAGGGUAGAAUUUAUGGUUGCUGGGAUAUGGUUCACGUUCCGAGUUUGCUGGAUGGUAUGACGGUGGCUGAUUGGAUUUUCCGGUGGCUCACUGCUCUUGCGAGGGAAGAAGGUGAGUUGAUUGCUCUCAUUUGUUGGCAUUUAUGGCUCAACAGAAGUAGUGUGGUUUGGAACAAGAAAUCAAGCACGGUGGGGAUGAUCGUGGCUGCUGCAGUUUCUCAAUUGACUGCUUGGAGAGUUGCUCACCAUCCGAAGGUGGAAAUGAGGUUAGUUGAUGUUUUGAAGGAUGAUGGUAGGGUUUCUUGGAUUCCUCCGGAUCAGGGCUGGAUCAAAGACAAUGUUGAUGCUGCAAACUUCUCUAAUGGCUUGGGUACAGGAGUAGGGAUCGUAGUUAGGGAUUGGAGGGGCAGUGUGUUGCAAGCUCGUCAUGUUCGGUUUCAAGCGGAUGCGAUGGAAGUUAUUUUGGAUAUCGGAAAUCCAAAACUUGCUGAGGAGAAUGUUCUAGUUGGUGAUUGUGCGUAUUUGGCGAAACAGUUUAGUAAUGUUAUUUUUAUUUUCGUGAGUCGGUCUGCAAAUCAAGCAGCGCAUGUGUUAGCGCAGAAUGCUCGUUCCAUUUCAGAUCAUCAGGAUUGA